UUUAGUUAAACUGCAAUUUCAUAUGCAUUAAAAGAGGUUCAUGGAUGGAUGCAUAACAAGGGAACGUUUUGAUAAAGAAUGUGAACAAAUUAUCAAACGAAGUGCUGAGUUAAAGGAUAACUUCACAUUGGAAUCAUCAAAGCACGAUGAAUUUUGCAAGUAUUUAUGUAAACACACAACGAAAAUCAUUACCGUGGAUGAUGACAAAAAUGUGUAUGAGAACAAUGAAAUGGAUGACAGCAUGAAUGAAGAAGACGUUCCAGUUGAUAAAUUGUCUGCAUCAGUGAAGCAUUCAGACGUCGUAAAUUUCAAACAUCAUAUCGUCUAUAGCGAUAGUUACAAUGUCCCAGUCAUGUAUUUUACAGCAACUUCGACAGAUGGAAGAAUAAAAACACUGGAAGAAAUAUGGCAGCUUGUUCCUGAACAACAAAAGCACGCUUUGCAGGACAAAUGGUCAUUUAUUACUCAACAAGAGCACCCAUAUUUGCAGAUACCGUGUUAUCAGUUACACCCGUGUCACACGUCAAAUUUUAUGAAAGCUUUGUCGACAACAAACAGCAACUAUCUUUUAAUGUGGAUAAGUGCGAUUGGUCCUGUCGUGAAUUUAAACCUACCCAUGGCUUACUUCCAUUCGAUACCGUGAACCGUUCCCAUGUAUUAAGUUAACGUUUGGUUUCUGACGAGACUUAUGAAAGAU